UGUACAGAAUAGGUUGAAAAUCACAGUUUGUUUCCAGUACAUAUUCAACUUUAAUUCAUUUCAAAAUCUAAAAAAAUUAGAAAUUCGUUUAAAAGGCAAAUUCUUUCUCAUAAAAAGCAUAAUGCAUACCACACUUCAUGUGAUUAAUUGUCUCACUGCAGAGUGUAAUCUCACAGUGCAGAUAAAGUCCUGCUCAGGGGACGUGUUGGUCAUUGACACAAUAAAAGGAGAGGACAACGAAGAAAGGUCGUUUGGUAAAUGUGGUCAUAAUGUUCGAGAAGAUUCAAGGCUGGCUUACAGCAUCGAUCUGUCUGAGAUGGGUGAGGGUGGCUCAUUGCAAAUUUUAGUGAUUUGGCACAAACAUAAAAAAUAUGGCGAGUGGAAAUUUGUGCAUACCUCGCAAGAUCUGAACAUGACUUCCCUAAAUUAUUACGUGACGAAGGGAGGAAUUUUUUACACUGGAAGAAAACCAGGCGACGAGGGAGAAGUAAAUGCCAUCCCGGUGAAAGUUGUGCAUUGGAGAAAUGCUGCGAUAAUUGAGGAAAUCCGUAAUCAUGAGGGACAAAUAGUGGAAUUUCAAUGCUCUACGGGUGAUUAACGUGUUACAUAAUUUAAUUUUUAUGGACAAAUUGUAUACAAUGUGUUGUUAAAUAUAUGUGUAUUCCGCUGUUUAUGUACAAUUGAA